AUGAAUGGCGAGAUCGCCGCGACCCAGCGGUUGGCUUCCGCGUCCCGAGAUAACUCCGCCUUACAAGGUGCAACCAUCGCCUUCAACCAACAUCCGCGAAGCGCGCCACAUGUGAACCCCCAGCUCUCUGCUGCAGCCGCCGCCGCAGUGGCCAGCUCGAUGAACCGCAAUGCAGGAGCUAGACGCCCGACCGUGGGAUCUGAGUCGGAACACGAAGUCCCCUCCGUGAAGGAGAUGGUAGGGAGGCUGAACGCCAACCAGCUCUCCGCACCCAACAUAUCGAAUCGUGGACGAUCACCGGUCCCGACCCUAUCACCACCUCCAGAACAGAUCGCCGCACGUCUUGCCGCCUCCAGAUCACCUUCUAGAAAACCAGAACCGGCAAUCGAUGCUGCCAGACUCGGUGCCAUGCGAAGCGUCAGCAGGAUGCAGUCCCAAGCUUCGACCGAGCGACGCGAGCUGCGCUCUCCCACCCCCAUCCGCCCCUUGCCCGUCAGAGAUAGCCCGGUGGAUAAAAUGCUUCUGGAUGACGACCCGCGCUUUGAGCCAGAGCCCACGGGUGUGCGCAUCUCAACCCGGCCAUCCAGAGCCGGGAGUCUUCGUGACCAGGCCCCGAGUCCCCAUCCCUCCAUAAGCUCUCGAAUAUCCUCAAUACCACCCGAUGAGCUGAAGCCGAAGCUUCCCCCACGGUCUACAGGCCCCUCACAGGGUACUUCAAGAAAAGCGCUUCCCCCCGCGACCCCGUUACGCACAUCAACACCCAGCAUGGCAUCAAUAUCGGGUCGAUCUCAUACCAGCAGCUCAAGCACCAUGGACGAAACCGAAGCCCUCUCUAAUGCAAUUGUGGCCUCCUCCCUCGCAUCCGCACGGGCAUCCCCCGUGACAAAAGUACCCCCACCACCUCCACGACGACGACGGGCCCGCUCCCGUUCGAUCCUGCAUUUAGCACAUUCACCAAAAAGUGAUCUAUCACGUACGCCAAGCCCGCCCAAGGGAAUGCCGAUGACGCUUCGAGGCAUGCCAAAGGCCGACGAUACGGAUGCAGGCCACCGGCACCGGCUGCUCAAGAAGCAUCCGCACAAACAUCAUGAAGGAGAUCGUAAACGAUGGAGGCAGGAAGUCACGGAGAAGGAGCGCAAGCGUUACGAAGGCGUGUGGGCAUCUAACAAGGGGCUACUCAUCCCUCCCGGACGAGGCGAUCCGAAUGGGGCCGGGAGAUGGCCGCCGCCAUCAGAGAUGGUGCUUAACCUAGUGGUCCGUGAAAUUUGGUCCCGCAGCCGGCUACCAACCGCAGUGCUGGAGCAAGUGUGGGAUCUUGUGGAUCAGCAGCAGAUCGGACUUCUGACGAAAGAGGAAUUCGUGGUUGGAAUGUGGCUGAUCGACCAGAAGUUAAAGGGCCACAAACUUCCAGUCAAAGUCCCCGACAGCGUCUGGGACAGCGUGCGGUAUGUCUCGGGCAUCAAGCUUUCGACGGUGGGCAGGAUGCAGUAA